ACUGCUUGGUGGGCGCAUCGAUGUCUGCCUCCACCUGGCCGCAGGGCCCUGGACCACCUGCAGGGGCAGACCCAGCCCUGGGCCGCCAGGGGAGCUCUUCAGCCCUGAGCCCUGCAUCAAGGUCCCCAGCUCCGCCUCCAUUUCUGCCCUGCUUUUGACCAAGGCUUCACGAGAGAGGCGCCGGCAGGGAAGGGACAGAGCCAUCUUGGGAUGCAAGUGUGCAUGCGCGUUUGUGUGUGCACACGUGUGAGUGUGUGUGUGUGUGUGUGUGUUAAAACAUUGCCUUUUCCGAGCUCUGGCUGCUGCUCUCUGACUGGUGGCUCCUGCGCUUGCUCCCUCCCCCACCUCCCUGUAAAAAUUAAAUGAAUAAUUUCUGGCUGAUUCCGAGCAGUGCCCACACACCCGUGCCCUUCAGUGUUGAUUGGAUCUCUCUCUCUCUCUCUCUCUCUCUCUCUCUCUCUCUCUCUCUCUCUCUCUCUCUCUCUCUCUCUCUCUCUCUCUCUCUCUCUCUCUCUCUCUCUCUCUCUCUCUCCUCCCUCCCUCCCUCUGGCCCCAGAUUGUAAUCUGACACAGUGUACUGCGGAGGCUCUGGCUCGUUCUUUCUCUCUCUCUGGGAGCCCAGGAGGCUGGACACCGAGAACGUUCAAGAAAUGGCCCGGCACACCUGAAGACAGCAGGCUCUAAAGACCAUUUGACAGAUCCAACACUGGGAAGACUCCUACUGUGUCCAGAGACAGGGAACCCAGCUGCAGUGCUUGGUGAAAGAUGAUCUGAAAGCUGAUGUGUAGAGGGAGCAUCAACUGAGGACCUUGGAAAGGCCUUCCCUGGAGGGCACAGCAGCAUGACCAGGUGAAGGCUGAACAUGCCUAACUCCCUGUGGUGACCUGAGAGGAGAGCUUGAUUCAUUGUGAGGGAGAAACACCAGCUCCAAGCCAAACUGGAGAACUUGGAACAGGUCCUGAAGCAUAUGCGAGAGGCUGCUGAACGGCGGCAACAGCUGGAGUUGGAGCAUGAGCAAGCCCUGGCUAUCCUCAAUGCCAAGCAGCAGGAGAUCCAGCUUCUGCAGCAGGCUCAGGUUGAAGCUAAGAAGGAGCAUGAAGGAGCUGUGCAGCUGUUAGAGUCCAAGGUCCGAGAGCUGGAAGAGAAAUGUCGCGUGCAGAGUGAGCAGUUUAACCUUUUGUCACGGGACCUGGAGAAGUUCCGGCAACACACUGGGAAUAUUGACUUGCUGGGCAGCAGCUCAGUGGCCUUGCUGGAUGUCCCCUUGGCCCCUGGCAAACCUUUCCCACAGUACAUGAAUGGACUAGCCAACUCCAUACGCAAAGGUCCCGAGGGCCCCACUGGACACUAUUCUGUGAUUGGUGACUAUAUCCCAUUGUCUGGGAACAAGCUGGAGCCUCCGUGUGUGAAGCCCUCCUUCCUGUUACGAUCUAGCAGCCCAAGAUGCAGAUUUGAGUCCGAGAUGGACAAUGACCGGAACUCUAACAACUCCAAGCAAAGCAGCUCGGGGAAGGUGCACCUGUGUGUUGCCCGCUACAGUUACAACCCCUUUGAUGGGCCCAAUGAGAACCCGGAAGCCGAGCUGCCUCUCACGGCGGGAAAGUACCUCUACGUCUAUGGGGACAUGGAUGAGGAUGGGUUCUAUGAAGGAGAGCUUCUGGAUGGGCAGAGGGGCUUGGUGCCCUCCAAUUUUGUGGAUUUCAUCCAGGACAAUGAGUCACGGUUGGCUGGUACCCUGGGGAGUGAGCAGGACCAGAACUUUCUCAACCACUCUGGCAUCAGCCUGGAGCACGACAGUAUCCUUCAUCUUCACUCCCCAACUCAAGUGGACUCAGGCAUCACAGACAAUGGCGGGGGGACUCUGGACAUGAGCAUUGACGACAUCGGAGAAGACAUUGUGCCUUACCCUAGGAAAAUCACCCUUAUCAAACAGCUUGCCAAAAGUGUCAUCGUGGGCUGGGAGCCUCCUGCUGUCCCACCUGGCUGGGGCACCGUGAGCAGUUAUAAUGUGCUGGUAGACAAGGAGACACGCAUGAGCCUUGCCCUGGGCAGGAGAACCAAGGCAUUAAUUGAGAAACUUAACACAGCCACCUGCACCUACCGCAUCUCCGUGCAGUGCGUCACAAGUCGGGGCAACUCGGACGAGCUACAGUGCACGCUGCUGGUGGGCAAGGAUGUAGUCGUAGCACCGUCCCAGCUGCGUGUGGACAACAUCACACAGAUCUCCGCCCAGCUCUCGUGGCUGCCUACCAACAGUAACUACAGCCAUGUCAUCUUCCUUAACGAGGAGGAGCUGGACAUUGUGAAGGCCACCAGGUACAAGUAUCAAUUCUUCAACCUCAGACCUAACAUGGCUUACAAGGUGAAGGUCUUGGCCCAGCCCCACCAGAUGCCCUGGCAGCUGCCCCUGGAGCAGAGGGAGAAGAAGGAGGCCUGUGUGGAGUUCUCCACCCUGCCUGCAGGGCCCCCGGCCCCACCACAAGCUGUCACCGUCCAAGCUGGGGCCACAGCCGCUACUGUCCAGGUCUCCUGGAAGCCCCCUGCGCUGACUCCCACUGGGCUGUCCAAUGGAGCAAAUGUCACAGGAUACGGCGUGUAUGCCAAAGGACAGAGGGUGGCUGAGGUCAUCGCCCCCACAGCAGACGGUACGGCAGUGGAGCUGGUCCAGCUCCGAAGCCUGGAGGCCAAGGCCGUGAGUGUGCGCACCCUGUCUGCACAGGGAGAGUCCAUGGAUUCUGCCCUCGCUGCCAUCCCCCCUGACCUCCUGGUGCCUCCAGCCCCCCACCCGAGGACUGCUCCCCCACCAAAGCCAUUAGCAAGUGACCUGGAUACCAAAGACCAACACCUGGGUCCCCACGUCAAAGCAGACGAGUCCUGGGAGCAGAGCCGGCCACCAGGCCCCGCACGUGGCCACAUGCUGGAACCACCCCCCGACGUGCAUAGUGCUGGCCCGGGCAGAAGGUCACCCUCACCCAGCCGGAUCCUCCCUCAGCCCCAAGGAGCCCCAGUGUCCACCACUGUCGCCAAGGCCAUGGCCCGGGAGGCCGCACAGAGGGUAGCUGAAAGCAGCAGGUUAGAGAAAAGGAGCCUCUUUCUGGAGCGAAGCGGUGCUGGGCAGUAUGCCAACUCAGACGAGGAGGAUGGCUACGCCUCCCCCGAGGUCAAGAGGAGAGGGACAUCUGUGGAUGACUUCCUGAAAGGGUCAGAGCUGGGCAAGCAGCCCCACUGUUGCCAUGGAGAUGAUUACCACACAGAGAGCAGCCGGGGGUCAGACCUGUCGGACAUCAUGGAAGAGGAUGAGGAGGAGCUGUACACAGAGAUGCAGCUGGAGGACGGGGGCCGGCGCCGGCCCAGUGGCACCUCUCACAAUGCCCUCAAGGAAUGCCAUAAGGCUAGGAGCUUGGAAGGAGCUUUCCUGGAGCAGCCCGAGUUCCCCCAACAGCCCCACCGCAGUAAGAGACUGUUCAGUAUCCCCGAGGUAGCUGAGGAGGACACGGAGCAUGGCGAGCCGCUGCUCAGGCAGGGCAUGGGGUCCUCGAGAGCCAGGGCCUUGUUGGCCAUGGAGCGUGGGCCAGCACGGUCCUGUUGGGGACAUCCAGUCCUACAGGGAUCCUGGCACCCUGCAGAGCACAGGGGCCCGGGCAUCCAUAUGGAGGAUCUCUUUCUGGAAGACAGAGGCUGUCGGUUCAGCCGCUCGGCCACCAGGAGCCCGGACAGUGGUUUGGACUGCGGCAGUGAGGAGGAGGAGUCUCGAUUUAGUUUCAGGAGCACCUCGGCCAAGUGCAGUCCAGGCCCUGGUCACUGUCCCUGUAGGAGAAGCCCAAGGCCCCUGCUGGCCCGGAGGCGGACGCUGACCCGACAGAGCAGCAUCGAAGAGGACUUUGGGGAGCAGGUGGACCCCAGUGACGUCAUCAGGAGCGAUGACACCCAGCUCAGCCCGGAGAGGCCCGUGCCCAGGAGGGAUGGCUGGGACGAGGCCAGCGACCACGAAGAUUUUCGGGGUGUCUGGAGGAAAAGCCCAGCCAUGCCCGACAGUAGGGCAGCUGAGCGUCUGGCACAGCCUCCUCCCCGAGUGGCCGACGGCCCUUUGAUUUUAGGAAACCCUGCUUUGAUGGGUCGAGCAGACCGAAUGGAUCAUGUGAGCCGAAGGUAUUCUCACAGUGGCGGAGGUCCUCAGAGGCACCGACCGACGAUGGUGCCAUCCAUUGAUGAAUACACCGGGAGAGACCGCCUUUCUCCAGACUUCUACGAUGAGUCGGAAACUGACCCUGGUGCUGAGGAUCUCCCGGCACGCAUCUUCGUGGCACUGUUUGACUAUGACCCACUCACCAUGUCCCCAAACCCUGAUGCUGCAGAAGAAGAACUCCCCUUCAAAGAAGGACAGAUCAUCAAGGUAUACGGAGACAAAGACGCAGACGGCUUCUACCGCGGAGAGACUUGUGCCCGGCUCGGCCUCAUUCCCUGUAACAUGGUCUCCGAGAUCCAUGCAGAUGAUGAGGAGAUGAUGGACCAGCUGCUGAGACAAGGCUUCCUCCCCCUGAACACACCCGUGGAGAAAAUAGAGAGAAGUAGAAGAAGUGGCCGGGGUCACUCUGUGCCCACACGAAGAAUGGUGGCUCUCUAUGACUAUGACCCAAGGGAAAGCUCCCCCAACGUGGAUGUUGAGGCUGAACUUCCAUUCUGCACGGGAGACAUUAUUACCGUUUUUGGUGAAAUCGAUGAAGAUGGAUUUUAUUACGGAGAGCUGAAUGGGCAGAAAGGCCUCGUGCCUUCCAACUUCCUGGAAGAAGUGCCUGAUGAUGUGGAGGUCCACCUUUCUGAUGCUCCCUCCCACUAUUCCCAAGACCCACCCAUGCGCUCCAAGGCCAAAAGGAAGAAGAGUGUUCAUUUCACACCCUAAUCAGGCAUGUAGCCUUCACGUAAGUGAGCAACCGAAGACACCUUAGAGAGAUACCGGCUUAAGCUACCCUAAGCGGACAGCGUGGUAGUCUUAAGACUUCAAUGUGGGCUUAAAGAAAGAGAGAAAAGAAAUAUGUCUCAAAAAACCCAUUGGACCUAAAGUAUUAUAGGUUAUCUCACCUGGUCUCAGUUGCAGACAACUGGAUUCAUAGUGAAACCAAUCAUCUCCAACAAUCAUUUUUAAAUAUGUCCAUUGAGAAUAUGGGAAAGGCCAACCUUGGGAGCAUAUUUCUUAAAGCCGUUUGUUUACAGAGUGCGCCAGUGUGUACUCACAAGGAAAGCUGCCUAUUGCAUUGUUAGCCACCCUCAGUAAAAGCACAACCUGAUCCGUGUGUUUACUGUAAGCAAGUUUGACUCAAAGACUAAUAGCCAAGACAAAACUUUGAUCCCAGAUCACUCCCCCAGCGAGGGGCAGCCUUGGCUCCGGGCAUGCCAAAAGCUGGCUGGAACACCCAGCUGCAGCAGCUCGGCCUUAGGAGCAGGUGUUCCCUCUCCUCAAAGCACAACUGUUCAGCCCUCACGGAGGGGAGAGAGGUGCCGGCAUACCAAUGCAAUACUGUCUCCUGACUUGGCAGCUCCCAUGAUUGCACUAGCUGGCCCCAUGGUAUCUUCAGGUGUGCUUUGGGGUGCACCUAGGUGUUCUCCAUUAGAGUUAGACCUUGAUUUUUAAAUCCAAGCAAGCUUGGGGCCCCCCUUGCCUUGUACAGUCCAUAUGCCCACCAAGGGCCCAGCUUUCACUUGCCAAGUUUUACUCUGGGGUGUUAGAGAGGCCUGGUGAUUAUUGGCCAUGCUCAGGUAUAUGCCUAGCUCCAGAAUCACUUAAAAUUGGUACUCUGUCCCUGAAUCAAAUUCCACCACUCCAAAGCACUGUUGGUUGGCGUUUUUUUUCCACCUAAAAGUCUCUCAAAACCCAACAUGUGCUGGGGAAAACACACUGCUCUAUUUGGAAACGGUCAGAGUGUUCAAGAAGGGCCUUUGAGCUUCCUUAGAUUGCGAUUAAGGUUCAUUUCAGCUUUUUUUCUUUCAAACAGUGUGCCAUCCCCAAAGUUUCUGUAGGACUGACUCUACCUGACCCAAGGGCUCACUCCACACGGCAGGGUCUUCCUUCUUAUCUCUUGCCUAGUUCACGGUCCAUCCAAAUUCCCACUGAGAGCUUUGGCUUUACGAUGAUUGAUGGGUACUCGGCCACCUUGCCUAUCCGUCUGAUUGACAAUAACUUCCCCUGCUUUUAGUCUGAAUUUUCAGAGUAAAUUAUGACCUGGCUUUCUUUGCCAAAGCGAUGGCCACCCCGUCUCCCAAGACAAAGACAGCGAAAGCCCAUGGAGGCCAGCCUCUCUCUGAGGGGCCUUGGGAGCGGGCGUGGGCUUCUCAUGGCAUACUUUAAAAUUGAAAGAAGAAACGAACCACCCACCCUUUCCCCUGGCUGGCGGGAGAUGGGGCAGUACGCGUUACCGAGUGAAUUGUUGUUGGCACUGACACACUCAAUAAAACUGUCGCAAUGUACCUACUAGGUUCCUCCCGAGGGUUCAGGGACAGCAAGGAGAGCUCCAUCCCCCACAGCCCAUCUCCAUUCGGGGUCACCUACGUCAUCUAUGGGUUCUGGUAGUCCUGGGAGAGGCAGGGAAAUGUCCUCGAAAAAGAAAAAAGGGCUGCU